UCCGUGUCACUUGAGCUAGAUUUGUUUGUGUGUCGCGAUGGGCAAGAAGCAACGGAGUGCGCUACGACUCUGAUUAUCUCGGCUUUCGUUAUGAGCAAAAAAACUCGGCUUAAAUAACAACUCUUGGACUGUACCUCUCGAUUCAGCAGCACAACGGCCAGGGAGCAACAACGCGCAGUGGAACGGUGCAGGAAGUAAACAAAGAACGGAAAAGGACGCGCGCGUGUGCAUGUGUGUUUGUGUGCGUGUGUGUGUGCGAGCUGGUGUGUGUGUGUGGAAACUGCAGAAAGGAAGCUGCAAUUAAGGACAUCACCCGGGCAUAUUGAGUUGUGUUCGGGGUGCUGAAAUUGUGUGUCCAUUGUUAUUACGUGAUUGUUAAGUGCGUUGGUAGUGUGUGCGACAGAAGAAGAGGCAAAACGCACCCGUGUGACCCGAGCGUGAGGCACGAGUGAGGUGGAGAGAUUAUACCGGCAAUCGUGGAAAUUCGAAGCUAUCGGACAGGAUGGGAGGAUUGCAGGCGGCUUGGUCCAUCAUGUCGAUGGUGACGCUGACACCGUUCUUCGCCUUCCUGUUUACCAUUGUGUUUAUGGCAUCGAUCGGAAAAUCGUUCGGUGUGAGGCGCCUCUACGUGGAUCUGUUGGUGAAAAUCUUCGAGUUCGGUCGACAAAACAUCGAAUCCGUUCGGAAGCAACAGUUCGCAAACAUUACAAAAUCAGAUGCAGAAGAGGAAGACACACCUACCGGUGAUAGUCUUAGCACCGAAACUAUCGAUACAGGCGAUGGCACGGGAAGGGCAAACACAAACGGCAACAUCCCGAACGGUGGCAGCCAUCGGUAUAUGAACGGGCGCGACAACUCGUCACACAUUGCGAACGGUGGCAAUACCGUCAUUAGCCGGGCCGAAUCGCUUAUCCUCUCGCCGGAAGUUAUUGAUGACACGCGCAGCAAACAUGCCGAACCACACGAAGAUGGUAGCGGCGCCGUACGGGACAAUGGUGAAGAUGGUGACGACGAAACCAAAUCUGACGGUACGGAGGGUGAACAAGAAGCGGCCGGUUUCAAGCUGUCAAACUGUCUCGACUACGUCAAGUCCGGCAUGGAAGCGAUCAUUGAGGAUCAGGUGACGAGCCGAUUUUUGGCGGAGGAGCUUAAAAAUUGGAACCUGCUGACGCGCACCAACCGGCAGUACGAGUUUAUCAGCUGGCGGUUAACGGUGAUAUGGAUGAUCGGAUUUUUAAUACGAUACUUCAUCCUAAUGCCGAUGCGGGUGCUUAUUUGCUUCAUCGGGGUGGUCUACUGUGUGAUUGGCUUCGCGUUCGUGGGCAUUCUUCCGACGUUCCGGUUGCGCCGUGCCAUGAAUGACAUCGUGUUCAAGCACACGUUCCGUAUGAUAACGCGCUCAAUUUCUGGCGUCGUACGGUUCCACAACCCGGAGUACAAACCGAAAACCUGUGGCUUCUGCGUGGCCAACCAUACGACACCGAUUGACAUUGCGAUCCUUUCCACCGAUUGCACGUAUUCCUUGAUCGGCCAACGUCAUGGAGGAUUUCUUGGAGUGCUUCAGCGUGCCCUAGCUCGGGCCUCACCACACAUCUGGUUCGAGCGGGCGGAAGCGAAAGAUCGGAUACUGGUUGCAAAGCGGUUAAAGGAGCACGUGACAGAUCCGAACAACCCACCGAUUCUGAUCUUCCCCGAGGGUACUUGUAUUAACAACACAUCCGUGAUGCAGUUCAAAAAGGGUAGCUUUGAAGUUGGUGGCGUCAUCUAUCCAGUGGCCAUCAAAUACGAUCCACGGUUUGGUGAUGCCUUCUGGAACAGCUCGCGGUACUCGAUGAUGCAGUAUCUCUUCCUUAUGAUGACCUCAUGGGCGAUCGUGUGCGAUGUCUGGUAUCUGCCACCGAUGGAACGUAACGAGGGUGAAUCGGCGAUCGAUUUCGCGAACCGUGUUAAGCGUGUCAUCGCUGAUCAGGGUGGUUUGGUCGAUCUCGUCUGGGAUGGACAGCUGAAGCGCUCGAAACCAAAGAAAGAGUGGAAGGAAAAGCAGCAGGAGAAAUUUAGCAAGCUGCUAAAAGGCGAAUGACAGACAGCCUAGCGGUCACCGUACCGAUCCCGAUGGCAACCACCGUCGACGGAUCGGAGCAGCAGUGCAAAAGUUACACCUCCUGAAGAGGUGCCAGAAGGGAUGGAGCAAAGACCGCAGGGGUAGUCAUAUCCACAGUAGUGUGGAGUCCCCUAACCAAUAGACCAUAUACGGACGCAAUAGGGUAGCAACAACCAUUCUUCUUGACUCUUCACAGUUAGAUUAACCAUCAAACUUAUCAACAAAGCAAUCAUUCUGCAGGAACGAUAUCCGUUUAGCAAUGCACAGUACUAUUACUUUAUUCCGUUGCGUGUUUAUGCAUUACGCACGGGUGAGGAUGUAUUGUUCAGUAACAAACACCAACUAUCACCACCAAAUAACAAACUAAUCAUAUGCGCUUAAGGCAAAGAAUAGCCUCGCUCACUGUUAAGAACCACUCUUAAUUUAACUGUUUCCGUACACCCGUUCGCUGUUUUGGUGCUUCUGUAGUGUGCGUUUAUUGUUUUAACAAUACCUACCAUUUACGUUUAGCGCAUACCGCAACUGCAACGGCUCCUCACUGAUGCUCGUUUCACAGUAGUACAAACCGAUGAUGAUAGCACAGUAACCUAAUUUACUUAAGACGAGCGAGAUGUCGCACGAUACCCAAACAGAAGCAAAAACACACCAACAGAGCAUCAAUAGUCACAGGCACGCAUCAACCCUGGUUUGGGUAGCAUUUUUUCCUUGUCCUUUGCUAUGAUACGAUACUGUCUGUUUGCUUGAUUUACCUUUUUCCAAUUCACCUUUUUCCAUUCCCAGUUCAUUGCAUGUUUCCGUUCAAUUUGUUUUUCCGUAAAGUUUUACGUGAUGUAAAAUUUGUAUCCGAUAUUCCCUUAUAUCCCUUUUUAAAAAAUCAAUUUGUUUUCAUGAUGUUGCGCUUACAGUUUGUUUUUUUUUUGCAUUUAACACACUAUUUUCUUAUGUUUCUUGUGAUGGAAGCAAAUAAUUUCCUGCAUGCUUUUUUGUCCCUGAAAAACAAAUCUGUCGUAUAGGCGGAGUAGCUAAAACCCGCGUGUAGGGUAAAAGGGCAUCCCCGGGCAGCUAAAUGGUACCAUACGAGUACCUUAUACACAAACACACACACAGUCGAAGUGAAAGGUAUUCUAUGGUGUAAAGGUAGCAUUAAUAGUAACUGUAUAUUAUAAGACUGAACAUAAACCAGGUGAUGGAACGAGUGAUGAAAGCAGGAGCAGAUUGAUAGCGGAAGCAACAGACAGGGGCGAUUGUGGUUUGUUGUCGUGCGCAUGUUAGGCAUAUAGCGUGUUGCGAAUCGCCUUUGCAGGGCCGAAAGAUGCGUGAUGAAGAUAUUUAUAAUCGAUGAGAAUGAGGACUGCACCCGUAACCUAUUUAGUUGGAGAACAACAGGUAGGCAAAAGACUAUACGAGAAAGCGAGAUUUAUGCCCGAUAAACUGAGAAGAGUGAAUAAAUAGAUUAGAAAUCGGACACCUCGGUUCCGUGGGUCCUAAAGUCAAGCGUGAGAAAGGUUUGUUGUGUAACAAUGUGCUCUGCAGUGCUGGAAUAAGAAGGGACAGAGAAGGGGAAACGCAAAUACAGCAAAAGACAGAAUAGACAAAGCGAUACAUUCAUCUUGUUUGUGGUUUAUAUAACAAAAUAUGAGGCUAAAUUAGGUGCAACCAUCGUACUUCGCCAGUUUGCACCUUGUAUCACGCUACUGAGUUGCAUAUUUGGUUGCCAACAGUUGCAGUUACGUCUGUCGAUGCAUUUAAAAUUAAGUGUUGUGUUGUGUGUUUUGGUUAUCGUUACAUUUGUGUUAAGAAGCGAUGUAUACCACAUGUAAAGGUAGACAUUAUUUCAAAUAACAGGAAAAUGAUUUGGCAGUUUCAUGCAUUACGGUGCCAAUUAUGGCCGAGCGAAAGGAUGUUGUAUUACCAGUACGAUUUUACUACUACUACUAGUAACUACUACUCUUGCAUCCCCGAUACAUGUGUCUUUACGUAACAAUCCGAGUAUGGGAGGAAAAGAAAACGGUCAAGUAAGGCCUAUCUAAGGAGUUGGAAAUACUUCAUUCAAAAUAUACAAUCUACCUACCUGCAUGGGAGGCAAAAUUCGAUAGUAAGUUACAACUGCCUACUGGCAAAUAGUGUCACUAAUAGCAAAGACAAAGAAUCAAUAGAUUUACCCAUGCACACUGAACCUACCACGUCUGCCAAACAGCAACAUUUGCUAAUAGGAAGGCAUAGUUUGUGAAUAGUCUUUUCGGGUGAGUUUUAGUGUUAGUGGCACAGGUUAUUCGCUCACACGAUGUGCAUCACAAUGCACUACCUUGUACAGCACCAAGAACAGUUGACCGUUGUGUAGAGAAGCAAUAGGGAACUAGUGAGUUGGAACACCACACCAACAAGGACCAUGAGUCCAACUGCAUAUAUACUUAUAGACGUUCAGAAUAGUUUCAGCUGCAGAAAGCAGUGCAACAUUGGAAUAAUGCAUUUGCUCUAUGCUUCUUUGCCUGCACUAAACCAUCAAGCAUUGCUCUAGUUUCUUGGAUGCAGUAUUGUUGCCGGGAAAUGAAGCAAAGGGCAAUGUGAAAAACCAGUGGUUCAACCGAGGGGUUAACAUUUACUGACUAGUCAGUUGAGUUGCAAAGUAGCGCAAUAGGAACCUAAAAUGCACGAAUGAACUAAAACAUGUGGGAACAAGGUGAAAUGCUAAUACUGCUGUCAAUGAUAUUUAUGAUAUAAAAAUACAUUUAAAAACACACACACAA